AUGGAACGAAGUCUUAAUCACAAAGUCUAUAUAAAUCCAAAUUUUAAUCGAAAAUUAUAUGUAGACAGCAUACCGCAGCAAACAGCCUUAUCAUCUACAAAUAAGAUGCAUGUAAACCCGAAUUUCGCAAGAACGAAUUUACUUAACAAUUUCGAUCAUAAUGUGAAACGACGCAUUUUCGUGAACCCCAAUUUUAUCAAGCCGGAAUAUUCAUUGGAUACUACUUUUUCAUCCUUGCCUAAGUUAUGUAAUGAGACAAAGGUCGGUAAAGAAAUAGUGCAAAGUAAUAUUUGUGACAAAGAAAUCGAAUCCUGUAACAGACCAGAAAUUGUUAGGCCUGUAUUGCCUUCCUCUGUGUCCAAAUCCCGAUACACACUGAUCCGAAAAAUAGACUCAUGUCCUAAGAAUGUAGAAAAGCCAUCUAAUAAAGGAAACUCUACAGUUAAAAUAAGUAAAUACAAAACUGUGCGACUUAGUUACAUCACAAAUAAUCUUACAGGGGAUAAAUUAUCUAAAGAGACUAAAAUAUUACCUGCACCUGUCAACAUAAAUCACCUAUUACCAAAAGUUCAGAGCCCAAAAACCGUGCAAUAUACGCCUGUUUCUAAUAAAAAAUUUAAGAAAAUUAAUAUACCAAAUCAAUCUGGGAAAAAACUUAUUGACACUAAGAAAAAUUGGCUUAACUCAAGAUUUCAAAUAAACCGAAAAUCCCUUGAAAGGAGAUUUAAAAAGAAUAAUAUACCUUGCCCUCUAUUUCGUAAAUAUGGUAAAUGCUUAAGGAACAUACACGGAAAUUGUGAGUUUUUACAUGACAAAAAGCACGUAUCGAUAUGCCGAAAAUUUCUGAAAGGUAUUUGUCAUGAUAUUUCUUGCAGCUUUUCGCAUGAAUUGAGUGCUAAAAAAAUGCCCACUUGUUAUUUUUAUCUGAAAGGAUUAUGUACAAAAGAGAAUUGUCCUUACUUACAUGUGAAGUUAAACAGUAAAGCUAAAUUAUGUAACGAUUUUUUGAAAGGCUAUUGUGAGAAGGGCGACAAAUGCAUCUAUAGACAUGUUAAUAAGGAGCUACAAACUCGUGUAAAACGUAGUUUGAAUCUCCAGCGUCAAUAUUCAUGUUCAUCGAGUUCAAUAAUAGUUUCCAAUAAAAAGAUAAAACGAAAGCAAAGCUUACAUAAACGAUCAGCAGUAAAAAGAAGAUCUGUAUCGAAAACUCCUCCAUGCGAAAAGGACAUAAACGAAGUGGAUUGUAGAUAUUUCAAAGAAAGCAAGGCUGAAGAAGUUAAUGAAGAUUGUAAUGUAAUAAAACCUAAUAGAUGUAGACUAGGUACUUUGCCAUCAUUUAUAAAACUAUAA